UGAAUUUGAAUUAAAUUAAUGCGGAAUGGAGCCAAAUGACAUUAGUGCUGCCCAUCAAAGGGGAACCACUUGACAUAUAAAAUGAUGGCCCGCCAGACGGAAUUCUGUAAAUAUGUUGGGCUUCGUGAUCUUUGUUAUUCUCCUGCACAAUGUGGAUCCACUACUCGCCGUUAGGAUACACUGUCAGAACAUAGAGCGUAUCCACGAGGAGAAUAUCCACCACUGCUGCAAGCAUCCGGAUGGUCACAACGAUGUGACGGAGAGUUGCGCCUUGAAGACCAACUUCCGGCUGCCGUCGCCCGAUGAGGAGGCCGUGGAAGAUGUGACAGUGAACCAGGUAAUGUCCGGCACCUGCUGGGCCAAGUGUGUCUUCGAUCACUUCAAUCUUCUGGAGAACAAUACCCUCGACAUAGCCAAAGUCAGAUCCUACUACAAGAGAUACCACACUAUCGAUCCUGAAUACGAAACUGAAAUGAUGAAUGCCUAUGAAAAGUGUCACUCUAAAUCUGAGACUGCCUUGGAGGAUUUUCUAGCGAUGCCACUUGUGGCGCAAUUCAUGACAACCAAGAUGUGCAAACCGACAGCCAGCAUCAUAAUGUCCUGCGUCAUCUACAAUUUUUUCCACAACUGUCCGAGAAGUCGUUGGGCCCACACCUCGGAGUGCGAGGAGACUCUCGCCUUCACCAAAAAAUGUAAGGAUGCCUUAACAACUAUGUGAAUAAAUAUAUUUUUGAAUGAGGCACAGGGAAAUUUUGCUAAAAAUGUAAUAA